UUUAUUUAGGCACUGAACAACUGGGUCUUUCCAAGUCAUUGCGGGGGUUGCUGCUUUGGUUGCUUCUUUUCUUGAUCUCUCCUCCGGAAUUUGCUAUCUCCUCUCCUUCGCCUCCUCGUCAUGGCACCACUGAGGGGGGCCAAGCGGCGCAAGCGGCAACCCGAGAAGGCCCUGCCGGCGGGGGUGAUGGCGCCGAUGCCCCCGCCGGACGCCGCCGAUUGGUGGGACACCUUCGCCCGCAGGCUUGCAGCAGGACAUAAAUCCAAAGACUGCCCGGAUUUUGAGUCUGUCUUCAAGAUGUCGAGGGGGACAUUCAACUACAUUUGCUCUCUUAUUAGUGGGGACUUCACAAGAAAGACGCAGAGUUUCAGAAAUUUCAGGUUUGGGGACAAGACGAUCCUAGGUGUCGAGGAUCAAGUAGCUGUUGCUCUGUUAAGGCUGACUACUGGUGAGCCACUUCUGAGCAUAGGGAAUCGCUUCGGGAUGAACCAUUCAGCCAUCUCAAACAUCACAUGGAAGUUUAUUGAAUCCUUAGAGGAUCAUGGGAUCCGUCAUCUGAAGUGGCCUGGUCCUGAGGAGAUGGCAACCAUCAAAGCAAAGUUUGAAAAGCUCCAGGGCCUCCCCAACUGCUGCGGCGCCAUAGACACAACACACAUCCUCAUGUGCUCUUCAGCUCAGCCUAACAGCAAUGUCUGGCUUGACGGCGAGAACAGAAACAGCAUGGUCCUGCAGGCCAUUGUAGACCCUGACAUGCGGUUCAGAGACAUUGUCAGUGGUUGGCCGGGGAGCUUGGAUGACUCUUGCAUUCUGCGCACCUCGGGAUUCUACAAGCUGUGUGAGAAAGGUGCAAGGCUGGAGGAGCAAAUGGAGCUUCCCGGGGAGCCAGCAGGGUCAGUGGUCAGGGAAUACAUUAUCGGGGAUGCAAGCUACCCUCUUCUUCCCUGGCUGAUGACUCCAUACCAAGAGCAUGAUCCAUCUCCAGCGCAAGUGGAAUUCAACAAGAGGCACACCGCAGCAAGAAUGGUGGUGCAGGGUGCUAUGGCCAGGCUGAAGGAGAGGUGGCAGGUACUCAAGGGAGAGCUCUGGAGGCCCGACAAGCACCGGUUACCGAGGAUCAUCUAUGCCUGCUGCCUGCUCACCAAUAUCAUGAUCGAUCUCGAGGACACACAGAGAGAUAGGACACCGGCAUCGCACAACCACGAUGUCGGCUACAUGCAGCAGUUCAGCAAUGUGGCUGUGGACAGUGCGGUCGCACAGAGGGACAUGCUUUGCAAGUAUGUCAGCAAGCUUGACAGCAAAUUGCCGAAAUGAUUCUGCUUUCCAUGCUUCUUCCUGUUUUUUCUCCUUGACAUGAAACAAAGGAUAUCUACAGGUUAUAGAAUUGUGCUGCGAAUCUUGAUUACUCUUGAGAUAGUGUACUUCAGUCAUUUAUUGACGUGUCUAAUGUAUUCCUUUUGAAGUCUUAAGAGUGAAUUGCUCAGGUAAGCUGUUUGAAGAGGAUGUCGAAAGAAAGUUGAGGAAGGUUGCACCAAGUGUAGCCUCAUGUUUGAUUUGUUAAGAAAUUCUUAUGGCUCAACCAUUUCUUAGGAA